AUGUCCUUGUUCACCAUCCCCAUCUCCUCCACAGGAGGCAGCAUCGUCUGCACCAAUCCCACCUCCUCCGAGAAAGAGAAAAACAUCUACCUCCUCACCUUCACCUCGCCAAAAGACAACAGACUCACCCCAACCUUCAUCGACGCCCUCAUUCUAGCCUUAGACAUAAUCGAACACCGCUUCCCCAAAGGCGUCGUGAUCACCACGAGCGGCAUCCCCAAAUUCUACAGCAACGGGCUCGACCUCGAACUCGCAACUACUACAGAGGGCUUCCUCGAUAAGUGGCUCUGGAAGCUAUUCCGGCGCUUUCUCACGUUCCCCAUGCCAACAAUCUGCCUGCUCAACGGGCACGCCUUCGCAGGAGGGCUCAUGCUAGCCAUGUACCACGACUACCGGAUCCAGAAUCCCACCAAGGGGUUUCUGUGCAUCAACGAGCUCGAGUUCGGGGUCCCGCUGCAGAGCCCCAUGAUGAGCAUCUUCCGGGAGAAAUUGUCUCCGUCCGCGUUCCGGGAUCUGAUUCUUGAGGCGAGACGGUUCGCGGGUCCGCAGUCUGUUGCUGUGGGAUUGGUGGACGGCGUAGGUGGGCUUGAGGAGACGCUGCAGUUGAUUCGGGAGCGGGGGUUGCAGACCAAGGCUGCGACGGGGAUCUAUGGUACGAUGAAGGAGGAGAUGUACCGGCAUACGCUGGACAUCCUGGAUAACCAUGCGGGUAACCUGGCGUGGAGGGAGCAGGUGGAGGAGAAGAAAGGGACGUAUGAAGAUGCUGCGUUGAGAGCUGUGAAGGCGUUCGAGAAGCAGAGAAAUGCGAAGCUUUGA